AUGCGCGAGGUUAUCUCCAUCCACGUCGGACAGGCCGGAGUUCAAAUCGGUAAUGCCUGCUGGGAGCUCUACUGCCUUGAGCACGGAAUCCAGCCUGAUGGAACCAUGCCCUCGGAUCAGGCCGCUGAUGGAGAAUCCUUCACCACCUUCUUCUCCGAUACCGGAAAUUCGAGAUACGUUCCACGUUCCAUCUUCGUCGAUUUGGAACCAACUGUCGUCGAUGAGAUUCGUACUGGAACCUACAAGCAAUUGUUCCACCCGGAGCAAAUGAUCACUGGAAAGGAAGAUGCCGCCAACAACUACGCCAGAGGACACUACACAGUCGGCAAGGAACUCAUCGAUACCGUUCUCGACAGAAUCCGUCGUCUUGCUGACAACUGCAGUGGCCUUCAAGGAUUCUUCGUGUUCCACUCGUUCGGAGGAGGAACUGGAUCUGGAUUUACCUCGCUUUUGAUGGAGCGUCUUUCCGUCGACUACGGAAAGAAGUCAAAGCUCGAGUUCUCAAUCUACCCGGCUCCACAAGUGUCAACCGCGGUCGUUGAGCCAUACAACUCCAUUCUCACCACUCACACCACCUUGGAGCACUCUGACUGCGCCUUCAUGGUCGAUAACGAGGCCAUCUAUGAUAUCUGCCGCAGAAACUUGAGCGUUGACCGUCCAAGCUACACCAACUUGAACAGAAUCAUCUCGCAAGUCGUCUCGUCGAUCACCGCUUCGCUUCGUUUCGAUGGAGCUUUGAACGUUGAUCUCAACGAGUUCCAGACAAACUUGGUCCCAUACCCAAGAAUUCACUUCCCGCUUGCCGCUUACACUCCAUUGAUUUCUGCCGACAAGGCUUACCACGAGGCCCUUUCUGUCAGCGACAUCACCAACAGCUGCUUCGAGCCAGCCAACCAAAUGGUGAAAUGUGACCCGCGUCACGGAAAAUACAUGGCCGUCUGCCUCUUGUACAGAGGAGACGUUGUUCCAAAGGACGUCAACACCGCUAUUGCCGCUAUCAAGACGAAACGCUCGAUCCAAUUCGUCGAUUGGUGCCCAACUGGAUUCAAAGUCGGAAUCAACUACCAGCCACCAACUGUUGUCCCAGGAGGUGACUUGGCCAAGGUUCCAAGAGCUGUGUGCAUGCUCUCAAACACCACUGCAAUUGCCGAGGCGUGGUCUCGUCUUGACUACAAAUUCGACUUGAUGUACGCUAAGCGCGCCUUCGUUCACUGGUACGUCGGAGAAGGUAUGGAGGAAGGAGAAUUCACCGAGGCUCGUGAAGACUUGGCUGCUCUUGAGAAGGACUACGAAGAGGUUGGAGCCGAUUCGAACGAGGGAGGAGCUGAAGACGGCGAGGGCGAGGAGUACUAA